AUGCUGUCUAUGCUCUUUAGCCUGAUGUGUCCUGGGUUUGCUGACAAGCCCACCCUGUCUGCUUGGCCAGGUCCCUUGGUUUCCAUUGGAGAACAUGUUACUCUGAAGUGUCAGUCCCAACUUGGGUUUGAAGUGUUUUGUUUGUACAAGGAAGAAGGAAUCCACAUCCCGGAGUUCCAAGACAUCGUAUUCCAUGACAGCUUUGACAUAUACCCCGUGACCACGGCACAUGCUGGGACCUAUAAAUGUCGGGGCUUUGAUCCUAACCACCCCUACGGAUUUUCAGAAAUCAGUGACCCCCUGUUGAUCAUAGUUACAGGAGUCUACAGAAAGCCUUCCCUCUUGGCCCUACCAUCACCUUCAAUAAAAUCAGGAGAGACGGUGACGUUGCAAUGCUGUUCAGAAGCCCUGCAUGAGACCUUCAUUCUGGUUGGCUACAGAGAGGAUGCAAACAGGGUCCAAAUGUGUCUUGCUGCGGAGCCUUACGCUAGUGGCUCCCAAGCCAACAUCUCUAUUGCUCCUAUGACUGCAGCACAAGCUGGGACCUACAGAUGUUACAGUUCUCCUAGUAAACAUUCCCAUGUGUGGUCAGCCCCAAGCGACCCACUGGACCUGGUAAUCACAGUUCCUGACGAUACCAACUCUUCAUAUCGUUUUAACCUCACACAAGGUUCUGUCAUGCAGGAUUACACUCUGGAAAAUUCAAUCAGGAUGGGCGUGGCAGGGCUGGUUUUCCUUAUUCUAUUGGUAAUAUUGGCUGAGGCCUGGUGGAACCAAGAGAAGGUGCAGCAGGCAGAAGUGAGAGAAAUUUCUGGCAGAACCCUGUGA